AUGCUGGCGAGCCGGUUCGAAGGCGUCAAAGUACUCGAGGACGUCACCAACCCGUUUCUCGACGAUUUCUACAAAGAUCGCCCGGGGGCACCGUUCCAGACCCAGCUGUACUUUCUGCUGUCGCGCUUCCAACAGCAGCAAGAGAUCAUCCAACGCGAGCUUUUUCAGCGCCUCGUGGUGGCGGACUAUCCCUUCGUCAAAGACCGCAUCUUCGCCUAUCUGAACUUGAGCGACGACGAGCUGAUGCUCUACGACAAGCUCUACCAGGUGCUCGAGCCUCAGGUACCGCAGCCCGACCUGCUGCUGUACUUGGCGGCUGAUGUCGAAACCUGCAUGGAACGCAUCAAGCGCCGCAACCGCACCUUCGAGCGCAACAUGGCGCCCGACUACUUGCAAGAGCUGCUCGAUGCCUACAACCACUACUACCAAUACCACUCGACCUGCCCGGUGCUGGUGGUCGACACCCGCGAUCUCAACUUCCCCGACCGGCCCGAAGACUUCGAAGAGCUGCUUCUCGACGCGGCCCGCCGACUGCCGCCAAACCCGACCUUCACCGCGCUGCCAGCGGCGCAUCUCGAAUACCGAAAGCCGAACCAUGAACUCUACUGCCAUAUCUUCUGCCGAAACCCGCGCCACCGACGACCUGGCCAUGGAGCCGUUGCGCAUCGCCGACCCUUCACCUCGCGGUUGCUGGUAGGGACAGGCAAAUUCCCCGACAACCCGACCAUGGUGCGAGCACUCGAAGCCUCGGGCACCGAGAUCGUCACCGUCGCUCUGCGCCGCGUCAACCUGGGCGCCGAUGGCGAAGCCUUCAUCCACCACAUCGACCGCGAGCGCUACCUCUUCUUACCCAACACCGCCGGCUGCUACACCGCCGACGAGGCCGUCCGCACCGCCCGCCUGGCCCGUGAGCUUGGUGGUUGGAAUUGGGUCAAGCUCGAAGUCAUCGGCGACAAGAAGACCCUCUUCCCAGACAAUCGCCAGCUGCUCGACGCGACCAAGACCUUGGUCGACGAAGGCUUCAUCGUGCUGCCCUACACCAACGACGAUCCAGUAGUUUGCCGCCGGCUCGAAGAGCUCGGCGCCGCAGCGGUCAUGCCGCUAGGCGCCCCGAUCGGCUCCGGCAUGGGCAUCCGCAACCCGGCCAACCUGCAGAUCAUCAUCGAAACAAGCGGCGUGCCGGUGAUCGUCGACGCCGGCGUCGGCACCGCCAGCGACGCCGCCGUCGCCCUCGAGCUCGGCGCCGACGGCGUGCUGAUGAACACCGGCAUCGCCUGCGCCAAAGACCCCGUUCGCAUGGCCCACGCCAUGAAGCUAGCCAUCGAAGCCGGCUGGCAAGCCGCCCACGCCGGCCGCAUCCCCCAGAACCUCUACGCCAUCGCCAGCUCCCCCACCAAAGGAGUAAAUUGGGUGUCCUCGCGAGCCCACUGCUUUCGUAGGUGA